CAACAUUUGGUGGAAAAGUGCUGUUUUUCUUCGUUGGUGGAAAUUCGAUACCUGCACCAGGUGCACGCGGGGAGGAGGGCAUCACACGGAAAACUCGUUUUGCGAGAGUCGUUUUAUUUCGCAAAAGAAGAAUAUUGUUGCUUUACUUUUUUUUCUGCGGUAUCGAACAUUAAAUCAAAACCGGUGCCGGCUGACUUGCUGUUUGUAUGUGCGAUUUUACGUAACACUCCGAACGACCCGGUUAGAACUUGUUGUAAUCAAAUUAGAUCCCGCCGACGACAGCGACGAAGACGACGACAUCAACGUCGGUAAGACACAAGGAACCGAUCCGAGGGUGUCGUUUCCGCCUUUGGUCUAGUACUAGACUUCACGAAGCAAAACAAAACAAACGGCGAGCGGCGGGAGUUUAGUGUUUUCUAGCGCUCGAACCGUUCGGUACUCAAAAGUUGCACCAGCUUUAAGUCGGAAUGAACAGAGCCGCUUCCGAGGAUAGUGCGGUCGAAAUGACCGUCGAGUCGAUAUCAUCCGCAGCGUCCGAUAUCGGAUCGGUAUCGGACUCCCCGGUCCGAAAGCAACAGCAGCAGAAAAAGAAGAGGCGAAGUUUGUCCUUCAAGAAGAUACGAAACAAUGCACAGAAAUUGAUGGCUGGGAGAAAGAGAGCUGAAAAAGCAGAUCAACUUGAGGAAGAAGAUCAAUCUGGAGAUGGAUCUCUCCCAUCGCCACCCCCAACACCGGAGCUACAGGAUAUGAAAUCAACCGAAAGUCUCCCGGCAAUCAAGGAGGAGCAACUCGUACUCCAAUCGAUUAAAUCGGCUGAUGAAAUUCUGCGAAUGAAGAAAGUUCGCAAACCAAGUCGCGCUGCCGGUUUCGUGAGGAAGCUUGCUGGCCGGAAGACGAAAGUGGCUCCCAACCCUUCGAAAGUUUCCACCGAGGAUGAAAUUUCCGGUUCGACCAUUGAAACUCCACUCAGCAUCAAGAGACGAACCCCGGAAGGGGCCAAUCUCAGCGUUUCCGAGACUAGUUUGUACGAAGGUGAGAAACCGAAAGACACCUUCAAAAUUGAGCAACUGGAAAGUGAGCCCAAAAUGGUGCGUACAAUUGCGCCCAAAACAACCGAAAUGAAACUUACUCUGAUCGACAAUAAACACGCAGUGGGCGGCUUUGGGCCGGGAAGCUCUAAGGCUUCCUCCGGUGUUCAGUUACCAGAAUCAGAAUCGGCUUCGGUCGUCCCAUCGUCAUCGUCGUCAUCAUCGCCUUCGCCCUCAUCGUCAAGUGGGGUUGCCACUGCAGGGCCCAGUUCAGUCACGAGUGUUACAGUGUCGAAGUCAGUCGCAUCGGACUCUGCUGUUCCAAUCGAUUCUAAACCAAUUAGGGACACCGCUCACCCCUCGGAACUAUUGGCAGUGGUCAACAAAGACAAUAUUGCUAAUCCGGGAGCUGAUACCAAGGCAAACCUCACCCGGAGUCCUCUCAGUGGCGAUUACAUCGCGGAAAUUGAUAAAAUUUCAAUCGACAAAAUCAGUACCGUCAUCGGCAAGCAGCCCACAGCUCGGGAACAAUUUUUCCAACCGCUCGCGGAGGCGGAAACAAACAACGCGCUCGAGACGUUUGAAGUGAAUGAUAACGUGGUGAAAGCUCAGGUUCCUUCUCCGGAGUCGACAGCCGCCGACAAGUUGAAAAACUUUUUUAUGAAGAAGGAAGCCCAGAAAAAGUCCACUAAUCCUGAAAGUUCAUCCAACUCGCCAUCAACGAAGGUUCGAACGCAAGAGGCACCACCCCGGCCAUCAUCAUACCAGCUUGGAAACAACAUAAAAAACCCGAACCUUUCCGGGUUCAAGCAGCCAAACGAGCAGCAGGCACCGACCGGUAGCGACGAUAAGCCUUCGACUUCCGGUUUGGGUGAACCAAAGGUGGAGCAGCGUGAUGCGAUAGUGUUCAACAUUGGCAGCCAAGUUCGUCCAGAUCGUACCACGACCAUCAAGCCACAGCAAACACUGAUCGGACCACUGCCUGUGACGGAAAAUAUAACCCCGUCGGGUAACUUCAAUCAAACGCGAUCCCUCGAGGAUUUCGGCUCGCGCUCGGACACCCGCGGAUCCCCGGACGACCCGCAGCUCGGCGAAAGCUCCCGUCGGAGGAUCGCUUACGUGGCUCAGCCAACGUUGUUCGCCACCGAGGAGGAGGAAAUCGUGUUCGCCAAACCGUCGCAGAUGGCCAGCGUUCCCACCGAGGAGUCGGCCGAUUAUCUCGAGAGUAAAAUGUCGCCCCACGGUGAGCUGUAUUUGGAGAAGGCGGAUAGUGCGUCCAACAUGAGUACAACGCCGGUGGAAAAGCGCGAGUAUCUGUACAAAAUCCUGGUCAUCGGCGAGUUGGGUACCGGCAAAACAUCCUUCAUCAAACGCUAUGUUCAUCAGUUCUUCAGCCAGAACUACCGGGCAACGAUCGGGGUGGACUUCGCGCUGAAGGUACUCAACUGGGACCAGAACACCAUCAUUCGGUUACAGCUGUGGGAUAUUGCCGGCCAGGAACGGUUCGGCAAUAUGACACGUGUUUACUACAAGGAAGCUGUCGGGGCGUUCAUCGUGUUCGAUGUGACUCGGAGUGCUACCUUCGAUGCGGUCAUCAAGUGGAAGCAGGAUCUCGACUCGAAGGUUCAACUGCCUAACGGGAAGCCGAUUCCGUGUAUAUUGUUGGCGAACAAGAGUGACCAACGCAAACAAGGUAUUGUAACGACUCCUGAAAAAGUAGAUGAAUACGUUAAGGAACACGGCUUCGCAGGUUGGUUUGAAACGUCCGCGAAGGAGAACAAAAACAUUGAGGAAGCUGCCAAUUCGUUAGUCAAUAAGAUUUUGACGAAUGAAAAACAGACAGACGCCGGAGAGUUUACGGAUGUGGACCGAAUCGCCCUGGUUGGUGGAAAAGAGGAAAACCAUCCGAAGAAAAAUUGUCCCUGCUGACCGUAUGCCGCCCCAUAUGUCUCAGUGUCUUUACUAGAUAUUUUUAUGUUAUUGAUUAUUUUAUAAACGUAUACAUAUGCAUAAAGUCCAGUCCAACACGGGAGAAAUGAGCCCAAAGCCUAAAGGGGAGAAACGAGCAAAUGAAUAGUUCAACAAACAACAUAUGAAGUUCAAUGUGAAGAGAUGCCAAAACCACACACACACACAAAUGAUGGUGUAUUAUCAGCAUUUAUUCUAAAACUGAUACAAAAUCAAUUCCUUGCCAGAUACCCGUCUAGCCAAAAAGCUUUUAUACCGAAAGAUGUUAAUAUUAGGAAAAUGCCUGCAAAUAAAAUAAUGCAAAAUCUGUUGGAUGUAUUGCAAACCAAAAAAUGUUUUUAUC